AUGAGCUCUCAGUUGAAUAGGAUCUGGGUUUGGGAUAAUCACGUGGGUGAUGGGUCAAAAUCAAAACAUGGCGGUGAAUUUAUAACCAAAACGAACCACAGUCCAGGGAUGAUACAUACAGUCCUCGUUGUUCUAGUACUGGUAUCAUUGGGUAGCCCUCAGUCUAAUGUAUCUCCAAUAGACUUCAACACACCUCAAUCCUGUAGCCAUGAUACUCAGUACUUCUACCCUGGAAACCUCUCCUGUAUCUCUUGCCCACCCAACUCUGUCACUUCAAGCAAUGGAUUAUCCUGUAACUGUGUGACUGGAUACAGACAAACCUCUAACAUUGGACCAGUCACUUGUGAGGCCUGCCCUAAUCUCAGCUCAGUUAGAUCUGAUGAUGGUUUGUAUUGCCUCACUUGUCUGUCUCCAUUGAUAUACACUGGAGGGACUUGCACUGGCUGUGAGGAUCAGACUUCUAUAUUUGUUGACACUAUUCCCAUCAACCGUUCAUCAACUGGAGACAGAAGGUGCCAAACAUGUCCAGUUAGCACGAUUGCUGACUCUAGCAAGAAGCUCUGUAUUCCUUGUGGUAUCAGUAAUUGCUCCAACUGCCUCUCAUUCACUAAUGGAGUCUGCUUCACUCAACCACUCACUCCUCCUACUUCUACUCCCUUUCCAUUUUAUUCUAAUUUCAGUUCUUCCCUUGCUCUAUGUAACGUACGUAUUGAGUGUCUGGUUUCAUUCUAA